GGUACAAGAAUUCAUUGUUCUAUUGAGAAACAACACUUGAAGAGAUACGAGAAGCACCUAUCUGUAGGAAGCUGGAAAUUUGAAGAGUUCAACGUUAGUCAUUCAAUCGGCCAAUACAGAACUACCAAACAUUGUUACCAGAGUAGUUUUGUCAAAGAGACAAUUGUCUCUAAUUCUGUAACUUUGUCAGACUCUUAUUUCUUGGACUUGGUCCGUUUCAGUCAUAUUCAUGAAGGCUUACAGAAUCAGAGCAUUUUGUGUGAAAUAAAAAGUGUUUCAAAUGCUUUUGAUGCCAGUUUAGUCAUCAUAAACUCAGCAGGAACAGAAAUUGAAGAGUUUUUGAAUGCGUGA